AUGGCGCUGUAUUCAGGAGCACGACCUGAAGAUCAACUAGGUGUCUUUACCCGAUGCCACAAUGACACCCGGUAUGCUAUCACUGUCCAUGUCUUUGCCCUCCAUGACUCUACAGACCUUCGUAGAAUCCAAACCAUUGAUUUAUCGUUAUGUAGAAUUUCCCGUUUGCAAUUGGAAUCAUUAACACUAAAGUCACUGAACUUGGGACACACCAGGAUCCCUCUAAAACCAAGCAAAUCUUUCAAACAUUUACCAUUCCUGGAACAUCUGGACUUGAGCAGCACGGGUCUUGGGAAGUUGAAUGUAUGGGAUGCGACUGUGAAUAUCUCUCUUUUUGACGAACUCUUCAACCUAACGACUUUGGACCUGCGUAAUAAUCAUCUUCUUGGCCGUGAAGGUGCCUUCACAGCUGGGGUCUUCCGGCAACUCUCUGCUUUACAAGAACUCAAUUUACAGGAUUGCGAUGUGGCAACCGUCAAUCCUAAUGUCUUUAAGGGGUUGGGAUCGCUACAGAAGUUAAAUUUAGCAGGAAACAGGAUCAAACGACUUCCUUAUAGCGCCUUUAAUGGACUGGAGCAAGUAACAAUCAUAAAUCUUGAUACUAACAAUGUAGCAUACCUCGAAGACAGAAUAUUUUUGAACAAUCCUAAGUUGACAAGUAUUUCGUUAGCAAGCAAUAACUUGACUCAUCUCAAACUAAGCACUUUUCAACCGAUCAUCUCAUCUCUCUCAUCUCUCGAUCUUUCAAUGAACCCAAUUGUCUGUAACUGUGAUCUUAAGUGGCUCCCCAGUUUCCUCCAUCGACAAUUAAUGCUCACCAAUGCAGAUGAAACAAUCUGUUCCGAAUCAUCUUUAGAUCCCCUUCGCGCGAAACCUCUUCUUCAGUUUGAUCCCGAUGAACUCUGUAAGCGCAGUAUUGUCCUCUUCUACUCGCUUCCCCUCGCUACCAUUUGCUUGAUUGUUAUCAUCGUACUCGUGCACCACUAUCGCUGGAAAGUGAAGUAUAAGAUCUUUCUGCUGAAACUUGCGGCUCUUGGGUACAAUGAGUUACGAGACGCCCGAGACCACAGUGACUUUGAGUUUGACUUGAAUAUCAUCUUCUACGACGAUGACGAAGAAUGGAUUCGGGAGCAUCUUCGACCAGCUCUUAAAGCUCAGCUGCCGCAGUUUCAGAGGAACGUCUUUGGUGACGAAGACCUCGUUGUAGGAAUGCAUUACUUGGACUCCGUUGACUACGUUGUUAGCCAUAGUUACAAGACCAUCAUUCUACUCAGCCGAGCCGCUGUGCAUGAUCGGUGGUUCAUGCUUAAGCUUCGCACCGCGAUGGACCAUGUUAGUGAUACCCAGACCGAAUUUGUAGUCGUGGUCUUUCUCGAAGACAUCCCUGACGAGGAGAUACCUUUCUUAGCCAGGUUGUACCUCAGUGAUGGUAGACCGUACCUCUACUGGACUGAUGACGUAAGGGGACACGGGUAUUUUUGGCAUGGACUGACCAAAUAUCUGACCAUAAAUCUAAGAACGAAUGAUUGGAUUCCAAACGAAUAG